AUGUGCACAUCUCGGAUAUGGCCAUGCAUUUGCUUAGCCUUUGGUACGCAAAGCACCGCCGCCUCGCGUCUGGUCGAAGUUCAAGACUUCUUCAGAAGACAGUACGAGGCGCAGGCUCUUAACAGCUCCAGUGUCGACAUGGUGUUGAGUGGCAAAAAGAAGCAGGAGAAGCACGAUUGCCAUGCUGUGGUGGCUGGUGCGGAAGACAGGACAAGCUGGCACUUUGGCAGCAAGAACUGCAAGUGCCCACCAGAUCACGUUGUCGCUGGCAAGUCGUGGGAGUGCAGCGAAGCUCUGGGGCAUCGUCACUUCUCGAGUAGGAUGGCAAUCUCAACCUGCAGCUGCGAGCCAACUAGCAAGUGCGAGGAAAUGGUUGCAGGUGCCAAGAAGCGAAAUUCAGCAUCCAAGAACGCGGACAGGCCAUGCAAGUGUGAGAAGCCGGACGAGGUUCUCGAUGGCAAGGCACACCAAUGUUCGACGUUCCUGGGGGAGCGCUACUUUCCAAACACAUUGCCUCCUCAGGAGUGCUCCUGCCAACCGAACGUUUUGGUCACUCACAACUGCGGCGACAUUGCUUCCGGUGCGAUCGAAGUGGAGAAAGACGGGCGAGCUCAGUGCGAGUGCCCCGAGGAGCAAUUCAUCAAUGGCGAGGAUCAACAAUGCAAAGACUUCUUUGGGGCACGUCUUUUCCCGAAAAGGCUGAAGCCAGGCCUGUGCUCCUGCAGCGCCAAUGCGCGACGGCCAGGCAGUGGGUCUGAUCGAGUUCAGUUGGGCGUGGUUCCGGUCUUGGUUGCCCUGGCAGCACCGUUUGAUGAGGCUUUGCUUGUAGGUUCGAUGCCGCCCAAGCCUUCGAGAGCACAGCCGCGGAAGAAGCGACAGCGCGGCAAAGAGGAGGCCCUGGCAGCCACCGUCGUGGUUGGAACGUACGACGGUGGACUGCUGGGGUUCAGCUUGGAAGAUGGAGCUCAGACCUUUGGCUACGCACCCCACAUUGGCUGCAUCAAGGCAGUGCACUGCAACAAGGAAGGUAAGCUUGCAUCGGGUGCUACGGAUAACGCGGUCCGACUCUUCGAUUUGGCCAAGAGGGACUCGGUGUCGGCCUUGCAGUUUUGGAAAGGCACGCUGAUCACGGCCAGCAGCGAUGGGCAGGUUUGUAUCUGGCGCGGCGGGGAUUUCGAGCUCCUCCUGAAGUUCCAAGGCCACAAGGCUGCAGUCACCAGCUUGGCUGUGCAUCCGUCUGGGCGCAUGGUCGCAAGUGCUGGUCGCGACAAACGGGUACAGCUUUGGGAUCUAACGCGUGGCACCUCGGCCGCCCACCUCACCAUCCCGGACGUUGCGGAGGCCCUGGAAUGGUCUCCAUGCGGUGAGAGCAUUGCUGUUCUGAGCGCCCGUGAGCUCAUGGCCGUACAGGUGAAAACAUCUGCAACAGCCUCUUUGAAGGACCCAUCGUCAGAAGGCAUUGUUCGAACCAACUUCGCAUCCAUGGUGUGGCUGUCUUCGAGAAUGCUGGCGCUUGGCGACACUAAAGGCGAGGUCCGAAUCCUUUCCCACAGCAGCGAUGAGCUUACGCAGGCUUGCACGCUGCCGAAGGAAUCUGCGGCACAAUCUACCAGGGUUAAAGCGCUGGCUGCAUGCACCGGCCGCUUGCUGGUAGGGCUGAGCAGUGGUGAAGUGGAGGUUUGGCUGAUGCCGGAGAAGUUUGGGCCGAAGGCACCGCCCGUGCCUACUGACUUCAAGAAGCUGCGCGUGGUCGAGACAAAGAGCCGGCUGACGUGCCUCGUUGUUUGGGCUCCCGAGGUAAGGUCCGAAGAAAAGGAUGAUUUGCGGAUUUGUCUCCGAAACAAGUCGACGUCUUCGGCCUCUGAGACAGCGUUAUGCCUCAACCUGGGGAUCAUGGCUGCUCCCUGCAACAAUCCUGCAAAGCAGGGUGCCGAGCAAAGGUUGACGCCCAGCAAGACCGCGGCAUUCGCCCUUCGCGGAGCAGAUGUGAAACGAAAGCAUGCGAGCGUGAAGAGGCUCCGCCACCCUGCGGAUCCUCUCUCGUGUUUGCAGGACGUCGUGAAGGCAGAAUGCAAGCAGCCCGUUGCCGAGGCAAAGGAAGCUUACCACGAGCUCUUCCAACUGCAGGAGCGAGCCAAGAAGCUCAGAAAAGUGCGAGAGGAGCUGGAAUUACGCACCAACCUCCGCAAAAAAGGAGUUGCGAUUCAGGUCGCUGAAGGAAGCAAGUCGAAGCCUGCGCAGUACAGGUGGCUGUAUGACCGGAAAAGGUGA